UGAACAGGAGCAGCUGCAGGGACUCCACCGCGGCGCGUCCAUGAUACCGCCCCGUCCGGCUGCAGCGGGGACAGCCACGAAGCGGGGAGGGGGCGGGCUCUUCUGGAGUCCCUGCACCUUGUUAUUGGUUGUGAGCCGAUAGUUGUGUAACGUGCGCACAAUUUCGGGCACAUUGUCCGUAAAUGCGCAAAUAAAGAUAAUGGAGGCGGUUCUGAAUCAAGCAUCGCUCUUCGGUACACACCAAGCCGGCUAGUGCCGAAUAAGACGACGAUGUUUUUUUUGUUUGAACAAGUCCUAACGGUUCACAGUCCAGGAAAAAAGGGAAAAGAGAUCCCUUGACGGCGAAGACGGAAGACAUUAGCAAGGAGGACAAUCGCUUUCUCUUUAUCCUGGCACAGAAAGCCGAGGCGUAAUGUCGCCAAGCGGAGUCUAUUGAGUUAUUGUUGAGCUACGAGACAGAAUAUAUAGCCAGUAACGGAAACCUGGAGGUGACGAGAGCAACACGGAUCCCGUAUCUGGUUUCCAAUCAGAUGUAACCCAUAUCAUCCCGGAUAGUCCUUUUGUGUCCAAAAAAGAAUUGGGAACAAAAAACCAGGGUUUCCAGUUCCUGCAGAGAAUGGCUCAUGGGUGGGAUUCAUACUACCAUGACCUCCCACCUCUAUCAUCGGAUCCAAGGACAUCAGAGUCAGAUGGAGCUAUUUCCCAGCAUAUUGAGAACUUCAUUGGACACAAUGACUUCUCUGGUAUAGCGACUUCGCAUGAAGCUCCUGUAUCAAACUCAAACUUUACUACAAACUAUAGCUCAAAUCCCACUAUUGCAAAUUCAAGUUCAGACUGUGUUUAUCAGAGAUACUGCAGUGAAACGCAGUGGCAAGCUGAUGGAGGACAAAUGGAAAAAGAUUACUUGCAAAGCUGUGGAAAUGGUGACAUCACAGAUUUUGCCAUCGAUGGAUUAAGUGGAUCGGAAUCUUUUCCUUCAUCUUUUGCAGCAGAUUUACAAGGGAUUAAACAAGACUGCGGAAUGCUUGGUACAUCAUUUCUUGAGAACUACUCAGAUGUCAGCAGCUGCUCAGAUACAGAUACUAGUGAAAUAAGACCUUCUUGUAAAUUUAUGGCAAGUCAAUUAUUUCCAAAACCGAAAACUGAUGUUCCUCCAAAACACAGCUCAUCAGAAUGGUUUUUUAAUCAGACUGGAACCAUGACCUUUCCAACUGAGAGUCUGUGCCCUAACGUAUCAGAGUCUAAUGCAAUUUCACCGUCAAAUGGGAAGUCAGGAGAAACCAUAGUUGAAUGUGUACAAGAAAAGAUGGAAAGUCCAGAGAAAACUGUUGAAUCUUGUGCAGUACAAGAUGAGUCUUCAACUACCUCAUACACGGUGACAACCUCAGAAAAUGAGACUGUACAUAAUAGAAAAGAUCGUGAUGGUUGUCAAGAUCAUAAAGAAAAGGAGAAUGUGGAAAGAGAUCUUACUGAGGGUAAAUAUUCCGACAUUUCAAUAAGUAGCUAUGAAAACUUAACUGAAGAUAAGGACCCAAAUGGACCCAAUCAGGAGGAGCACAUCCCUUCAAGUGUUCCAAAUAUCACUACAUCUAACAAAGACAAAGAUAAUUUAGAUGAAGAGAAAGAGCGGGAAUCGUUUAGUGUUGAGCAAGACUCCUCAAUUUCCAAUUCCACAAGUGGUCAAGAUGAAAACAUGGAAACCGACUGUCAGGAUAAAGAAAUUCAGACAAAUACCUCUCAGUCUUGUGACUCACCAACUAAGAAGGCAUCCAGUUCUAAAGAUACUACUAAUGAAUUGGGAGAAUGCACAAGUACCUUGAGGAGCAGUAGUUGUGAUGCAGAAUCCAGUUUGCAAUUUCUUGAAAAUCAGUCUGAAAGUGUAGCCCAGGACAAUGUUUGUAGAAGCCAUGCUGAGAUGACUGAUAGUCAUGUGAGCAAUCCCGGUGUUGCAUGCCUUUCAGAACCCUUCUUGCAAUCAGAAAGCCUCAGCAAAGAAAUGUCUGUCUGUCUAGAUAAAGAGUCAACCAGUGCAGCAGGGCAGACAACUACUGUAUGUCAUCCAGAUCCAGAUUGUAGUGUCCCAGGCGACACCAGUGAUUCUAUAGAUACUAACGACAAAAACAAACAAGAUGCAGCCAGUGAUAUAGAGUCCCACUUAAAGUCAGACAGCACUGAUAUGAAUCCCCAUCUUGAUAAAGAAUUUACAAAUGCAGCCAAGAAGACAAGUGAAACUUUAACUCCAGAUAAGGAUGGUGGUGGUCCCACUGUCACUGGUGACGGUCUUUCUAUAGACACUAGUGACAAGAACAAGCAAGAUGCUGCUAUUCAUCCACAAUACAGCUUACAUCCAGACAGCUCAAACACAGAAAUCUCUCCCUGUCUAGAAAAGGAAGAGGGGAUCAGUACAACGUCCUCUACAGAUCCACAAUGCAGUAGCCAUGCUGCGAAUAGUGACGGCACAAAGUUGGAGGUUUCUAGUAGUUUUGAAUCUUGCUUACAGCCUAGUACCUCAGAGACAGAUAUCAACUCUUGUUCAGAAAAGGGAUGGACAAUUCCAGUGGCCCAAGAACCACCAAUUCUUGCAAGAGAUGUUGCUGAAAAUGCAAGAGGGUCAUUUGAAGAGUUGGACACUGCAGAGGACCACUGGAUGUCUGGCAUGCUGUAUGGUGAACCUUUGUCAAGAGAAGACUCUUCAUGUGACACUGAUGAAACUAAGCUCAUCUCAAGUCAAUUUAAGGAAACGACGUUUGCCAGAGCUGACACAGAUUCAGAAGGACAAGGAUCUCAUCUUGAAUCCUCUGUGGAAAUGAGAAAAAAGCUGCAACCUGUUGUAACAUUGAAGAACUUGGAGUCAACAAAUGGAAUGAGUCACUCAUAUCAUUGCGCAGUUUGCCAACACACAACCUACAAUAUGGAUCGUCUGAUUGAACACCACCACUGCUGCCAUUCAGUGCACAAUUUUCAGUUUUGCAAGACUUGCAAUGUCUAUGUGAUGAAGAAUGAACAAGCUGAAAAACAUUUGUGUACUGUGAUCAAAAAAAGGCCCCGGUCGUCUUCUAACUCUGCCGUAAAGAAGGAAAGAAAUCGCCAAGGCCGCCACAAAUGCAUCAAAUGCAGACUGAGAUUUUCCAAAAUAAUUCAUUAUAUCCAGCAUAUGCGGACUCACACUGGUAAAACGCCAUUUAGGUGUGAUGCAUGUGGCAUAUAUUUUGCCCAGAGUAGCACCUUGUACAGGCAUAAGAGCGUACCUGGUAGAUGCAAGCCAUCCAAACUUCCUGCUGCAAAUUCUGAUGCUGAUAUCACAAUUAAAACACCAUCACUUAAGGAUGAGGUGCUGAGCGAUUCAUCUGCCAAUAUGCCAAAAUGUUACGUCAAGCUUUUUGACAUCUCCAAGACACAUAUAUGGGGUGUUUGUGUCAAAAGCUCUGUUCAGAGAGCUAAAAAGCACCAUUCCAACAUGCACGCUGGAAAGAGUGUGACAGUUGCAUCAGAUGCCACCAGUGUUAGUAGUGUGAAAGAUGAAGAAGUAGAGAAGAAAAUAAGAGGAAAACACAAAUGUCCUCUUUGUCCACGGCUUUUCAAAUAUUCCUACAACCGGUCUCGACAUUUACGUUUCUGUGUCAAAGAGGCAAUAUAUGGUGGCAAGCAAAAAGUUGGUGGAAAAUAUCAGUGUCCAUUGUGCCAUGCGACCUUCACUUUAACAUCCAACCGAUACAGACACAUUAAAGUAACUUGCCUUCGCGAUAAUAUUAAUCGACUCUCUAAAGAGAUCACACAAUCAAGGCAAAUGGCUGACCGACAAAAAACAAAGGAGCAUGAGCAGAAAACACUGUCAAAGGAACCUGUGGAGAAGACACAAUCAAAAGAGCCUGUACAGAAAACACAGUCAAAGGAGAAUGAACAGAAAAAAAUGGCCCCUCCACCUCUGAAAACUUUUAAAUUUAUGCCACGUUACAAAUGCAAUCUCUGUCCGGCAAUUUUUCGUCAUGCUUCUGGAAAGUACAGACAUAUGAAGAAACAUGAGGUGUUUAAACUUACUGGGAAAAUGUUCAAGUAUAGGAAUUCAGCUCUCUCCGUCAUGCCAAUGCAAGAAAGUUCAAGCAGCACAAAGACGGAAGAGAGCAAGGAUGACCUGAAAGCACCUGAGGAAAAUGGUGCCCCUUGCCGGAGCUGUCAUUUCUGUGGAAAAUCUUUCAGCGACGCACAGACACUGAAGAAACAUGAACGUGGUCACCGUGGUGCAAGACCAUACCGCUGUCUGGAAUGUAAAAGGGGAUUCAAGAAACAUGCCCAUCUGCUUGGCCAUAAAGUUGUUCACCAGAGGAGGAUACAGUGCACUGUCUGCAAAAAGAUUCUUUCAAACAUUGGAGAACUGAUCCAGCACAGAAGCACACAUCUUAAAAGGGGAAUGCUUAAAUGCCCAGAUUGUCCCAUGCAGUUCCCACAUCCUGCAUAUCUCCUUAGACAUGUGAAGACUCACAAAAAUAGGGAAAACGAGGCACCUCCUCAGCUUGAAAAUAAAGAACCUUUAAAGCCACAGCAGUCCUUGGAAUCUGUGGAAAUGGAGGAAAGACCAGAGCAGCUGCAGUGUUCCUUAUGUAAAGAAGUCUUUCUUGAUGACCAUCUACUGCGAAGACACUGCCUUACACACAUAUCUGGGCCCUCUUCAAACCAGUGUCCAUUCUGCAAACGUAAUUUAAGUAGUCGUCGUUCUCUGCUGCGCCACAUGGUCAGACAUACUGGAGGCAAACCUUUUUUGUGCACCAACUGUGGAAAACGGUUUCACCAAGACAUAUUCCUUAAACUUCACAGUGAGAAGUGUUUGUCUCAUCAGACUCAUGUCACAGUGGAGUCCAACAACCAGACAAAGAAUCGCUACCAUUGCUCCUACUGUCCACGGACAUUUAGUAAAAAAGACCGUAUGAAAAAUCAUCACCGUGCCCACACGGCUAACUCCUUGCAUUUGUGCACAAUGUGUGGACAGUACUUUGGAAUUAAUGCAAUAGCGAGGCAUCGAAACGACUGUGAGAACACUAAGAAAUCUGACUCCAGCUUACCACCCGCUAAAAAAGAUGUCAGUAACAGCACUUCACAGACAAGCAAGAUGGCCCAUAGAAAGCCUUUGAAUUCUAAUGCAACCGAUAUGUUUAAGCUUCAAUGCCCUGAAUGUCCACAGAAGUUCAGGUACCCAUCAUUACUCUCGAGACAUCUUGUUUCACAUACGGGCGUGCAACCCUAUGCAUGUAUGCACUGUGGAGACAGAUUUGCAAGUCACUCAAUGCGUGUGCAGCAUGAAGCUGUCUGUGAUGAUGUACACAAAGAGGGGUCACCAGAUGUCCCAAGUGACACUGAAACAAAACAGGAAAGCAUGCCCACUCGUAGAGAGACAGCGCAAAAGUCCAAAGCAGAUGAUGAGGAGUUCAAGUGCAAAUUCUGCACCAAAUCUUUUAUGAAAUUGCGAUCCCUGAGAGCUCACAUUUUGACGCACAAUGAAGUGAAGCCAUAUCGCUGUAAAGCCUGUGACAGCUGCUUUUCAAGGUACGAUCACCUGAAAGUGCAUCAGGCUCGCUGCAGAGGUAAAAAAACGCGUCUGGAAGUUCGCAUUCCCAAAAUCAGUUUAGACGAUGUUGGCAAAGGUUGGCAGAAUAGGUUUGGCAGCCAGCCCGCUCAAAAAGAGGAGACAUUUGAGUGUGAAGUCUGUUCAAGAAGCUUCUCAGCUAAGUCUAAACUUUCUAGGCAUUUCUCCAUGUUCCAUGCUCCAAAGUUAUUCAAGUGCACCCGCUGUGGCUCAUCGUUUUCUCAUGAAAGAUCUCUGAAAAAGCACAAGAAGAGCUACAAGUGCAAAAAGCCCUCAGAUGAAAUAGAUGCUUCUCAGCUGCCAAAAACUGAUCCACCAGCAGAAAAUUUUCCAAAACCGCUUGAAAGGAUGAAAAAUAGAAUUAUACAGAGGGUCCAGCCUUUUUUUCACAAAAAGUUGAAGUAUGUUUGCAGUUAUUGUCCCCGCGCUUUUGCAAACAGCUGGCAAUUAAACGUGCAUGUCCGCCUACACACAGGAGAAAAGCCAUAUUCCUGUGAUUACUGUGGUAUGAGAUUCAUUAGGAAGGAUUAUGUGAAGCGUCAUUAUCCAAAAUGCCUCAAGAAACAACGACGAAGCACAGUUCUCUGUGACAGAUGUGGAGGAUUUUUCUCUCAGGACAAGCUUGAAAAUCACAAAAAAGGCUGCACCUCACCACCAAGUUCAUCGCCGCCAACAGAAAGCAAACGUUCAACUUCUGAUAGCACACCAAAAGGCUUUUCUUGUGCAUACUGCGGUUCCCGUUUUUUGCUGUUUUCACAGCUUCAAGAACAUUUUUUGAAUGCACACAAAGUGGAAACAAUGGCUCCCCCAGUGUCAGCUGCCCCCCUACAACAACUCCUGGCUAAUAUUCCAAAUAUCAAAGAAGAACCUUCAGAUAAGAGUUGCGAUGAAGAGCGCAGUGUUGGUGCUAAUGUAAUCUGCAAUCUAGGUGCAGCUUUUCAGAGUGAACCCUCUAAAACAUUUUUCUGCCAAGACUGCAAUAUGUCUUUUCUAAAUAAAGCUGGACUAGCUGGUCAUCUGCGCACACAUGCAGUGGGUCGCCCCCAUAACUGUAAAUUAUGCAAUAGGGGUUUCUGGAAUAAAACUCUUCUCCGGAAUCACUACAGAAAAUGUAGGAACGGAUGUUUUACAAACCAAGAGUUGGAAGGCCGUCUGACAGGAGAGAUUGAUUUUGCGCUGAAUGAAUCUGUUCUUGUUUUUAAGGAAGGCUCGAAUACAACAGGCACUGGGGUUUUACAGACCAACUUCUCCUGCAAAGAUGAGGCAGAAGACGAUUACUCUCAAAGCUCUGAAGAAAAUCAGGAGCAAAGCAGCUCAAGCAAAGAGAAGAAAACUGUGCAGUAUCAGUGCUCAGAAUGUGAUAAGAGCUUCACAGAUGGCUUAAUGCUCAUUAGUCACCUUGAGGACCACGGAAGAGAGGAGCAACAGAAAAAGCGCAACACAUGCAGCAAGUGUGGCCGAGUGUGCUCUAAUCAAGCAAGUCUUGAAAAACACAUGAGGGUACAUGGAAGUGGUCCAGCUUUCCCUUGUCCAAGCUGCUCUGCGAAGUUUGACACCAUAUCCGAAAUGGAAAGUCACAAAAGCUGUCACGACCCAAGUAGGCCUUAUGUUUGCCGACUGUGUAAUCUGCGGUUUUUGACGAGACCAGCUUUAUGCAGCCAUUACCGGGACGAACAUGAAGAUGAUGUGUUCAGUUGCAAAUUCUGCAGCAAAUCCUAUCCGAUCAAAAAAUCAUUGUCAAGACACUAUAAAAAAUGGCAUCACAAAGAGCAAAGGGAUGCCGCGCUGGAGAAGAGCAGCAGUGAACAACACUCCAGUAGUCAAGCUGGUGAAAGCGAUGAGGACGAAAACAACGGCAGUGAGGACAGCGACUCGGACUCUGCGCCCUACUUCCCAUGCCACGUGUGCGGCAAGACGUUCUCAACGUCAGAGAGUCUCGAAGAUCAUCAGCUGUGUCAUGUGGGUGUAAAGCCACACGAAUGUGCAGAAUGUGGCAAAUGUUUUGUCCAGGCGUCCCAGCUGCAGCAACAUCAGCGAAUGCACAACUCUGAAUUCCAGUGUCAAAUGUGCGGCAGGGGUUUUGUCUCUCUGUUCGCACUGCGGAAACACAAGCAUUCUCACGGCAGGAAUCGCCCAUACCGGUGCCCCAAGUGUCACCUCAGUUUCACGGCACCCACACAGCUCACAGAACACAUGUCGGCCCACCGAGAGGAGAACUUCCCAUGCGAUAUAUGCAACCGUGUGUUUCAAUCCAAGAGUGGUCGGGCUGAGCAUCGGAAAUGCCACUCCACUUCAGGUCUUCCACCUUCAGUGUCAAGGGGAGAACAUGAAAAGUCAGCUGCAGCCUCUGAAAGCUCAUUUGUAUUCACCUCAGAACUUAAAUAUCGCUGCGGCGUGUGUAAUGUGCGUUUCAGAGACCCGGAAGAGCUCUCGGAGCAUGGCUGCAUGGAAGCAAAAGAGCGACCAUACUCUUGCACAGACUGCAAUCAGCAUUUCCUUCAUGCGUCUCACCUGAAAAAGCACAGGAACACCCAUCAGCCAUCAUGGUCGAAUCGCGAAUAUCCAUGUAACCUGUGCAACAGCAGUUUUUCCUCCUCUCAGCACUUCCUCAGCCAUCUUAGGAGCCAUGGUGGUACUGCAGCAGGUGAUGGAGGAUCCUUGCUCAGUUUCAUAUGUCCAGUGUGCCAUCGCUGUUUUGCCUCUGCCACCGAACUGAUUAUUCAUUUUCCCACCCACCCUGAUGGUGCAUUAGAUCAUGACAAAAUAGCAUCUCCUUCUGGAAGUCAGCUUAAACAGCAGCAUCAUCAGAUAGCACCUUCUGAAUAUGAGUGCACACAAUGUGGUCUGUGCUUUUUGGGGGCUGAAGCUUACAAUCAGCACCAUUGUUCCCAUCAGCAGCAGGCAAUAUUAGAGACCAAAUACUUAAACCCCUCAGCGAAGACAUCGAGUUCUGCUUAUUAUCGUGCAACAGGAGAGGAGGAGGAGGUUGAUGUUAUGGGAGAGGAUUUCUUCUAUUGCCCUAUUUGCUCAAUGCAGUUCUCCUCCAAAAGUGGCUUGCUGGAGCAUCAGAAUGAGGAACAUUUGAAUGGGAAGCCAUUCUCAUGUGACAUUUGUGGGAAAACAUUUGCCAAGAAGCGGUACCUCUACAAGCACCAGCGCAGGCACAGUGAAAAAGCUGCAAAUGCAGCUCAGUUGACCGAGAACACGAUCAGAUGUCCUCAGUGCAUCCAACGCUUCAGUACAGCACUAGAACUAUCUUUGCAUAUGAGAGUGCACGCUGAGAAACAAGUUGGAGAAUACCGCUGUGACAUGUGCUACAAAUCCUUCAGCCAGUGGUCUUUUCUUAAGCAGCACCAAGAAAGUCAUGUUGGUGAGGUUGUUUAUGAAUGCACAGAAUGUGACAAAGCCUUUGCUUUUCCUCACUUACUGGAGGAACAUCAACAGACUCAUGCUGGGUCCUCUCAGUAAUAGCUCUUACAUACCUUACACCUUAUCUUCCCUUUGGAUAGCUGUAACUAAAAUAUCUUGAAACUCCUUUCAUGCCUUACAUCCGACUGUGUACCUCCACUUCUGUUAAAAUUUACAUCCACUUUGUAUUUUUUUUUUUUUUGCCGUCGCUGCUUAUUUAGAAAGCGCUUGGCUUGUGUCACUAUGACAGAGCACCUUCAGAAUUUUUAUUGACUGUAUAUGUAUUUAGUUGAAAUUUUGGGAUUUGUAUACAAGAAAUUAGCCAUUUAGUUUCUUGACAGUGUUUGUAAAUCUGUGACAAAAGCGGUUUGUUACUGUUUCAAUACAGAUUGAGCAUCGCAGGAUACUGACAUGAUUUGGAUAAAGACUGAUCAGUUAAGAUCAUUUUGAUGUUUGACAUAUAUUUUGAGAUAGGGUUUAGGCAGUUUUGUUGACAGUAUGUAAAGUACAGUGGUCAUUUUAAUCAUUGCUAUUUUCUAUGAUAUGGCUGUUCUUGUAUUAUGUAUAAUUUUAAAAUUUUCAGUUUAUUUUCUUCCUGUGUUUGCUAAGGGUUGCAUUUUUUUUUGAUAAAGAACAGUACCUUGUACAGACAUUGAGAAGAUGAAUAUUCUUUUGGCAACCUGAAGAUGUUACUUUUCUUAAGAAAUUUGAGUUGAUGCAUUCAAAUGAGAAGUAAAGUCAACUAUAAAAUCUA